CAGCAAAUCUACCUCCAUUUUGUAUCGGGCGGCCCGUUUCCGGGUUUCUGAGAAGGGACCGAUAAAACUGUGUCAAGGGGGAGUAUGGCUCUGCUUGCAGGUCAGGAGUGCGGGUAAAGUUUUCCGUAGCUACCUGAAACUGCUAAAAGUGAUUUUUAAACACUUUCAGAAGUUGUGUAUGUGCUUCUUGAUCGCAAAGAACUCUUGUUGGCAGAGUUUACAGCCAGCCGGACUGCGCUGACACUGACAGCUGGAAAGUAAACAGCUCGACGCUAACCAGCUAACCCCAGCUAGCUCUAUUAUACCCGCCACCAAACCGUCGAGAACAAGCUAACGUUAGCCGGCUAACCUGUGAGCUUUUUGGUGGCGUUAAAUUACAUCACCAGGACUUGCCAGCACCCUCCCAUCCUAAUUUUUGUCAAACUCCUCCGUCGAAGGAUUGCCACAACGGCACUUUCCAUUCAUGUUGUUUAGGAGGACGAGACUGUCAAACCUCCUGUUCGUCGAGCCAGGGAGUCAGUGUGCCCAGCUGACGUGGUGAAGCCACCGGAGCUUACCCCCACACAGAGAGGUGCCAUCAGUGGGACAGGAUGCCUAUUCCUCCCCCUCCCCCUCCUCCUCCAGGACCCCCGCCUCCCCCCACCUUCAAUGAGGCGAACACGACUCCUCCCAAACUGAGCUCCUCCGAGUCUAAAGGCCGCGGAGCGCUGCUGUCGGACAUCUGCAAAGGCACCAGGUUGAAGAAGGUCGGAGUGGUCAACGACCGGAGUGCCCCCGUUAUAGAGAAAUCAGGUGGAGGAGGAGGAGGAGGUGGAGGUGGUGGUGGAGGAGGAGGAGGAGGAGGAGGGUUUGGAGGUGGAGGUCCGAUGGGAAUGGGAGGCCUUUUCCAAGGAGGUGUGCCAAAAUUACGCCCAGUUGGAGAUGGUCCAGCCGGUGGUUCGGUGGGCAGAUCCGCUUUACGGCCCCCGGGGUCGCGGCCCGCGGCCCCUCGACCCCCGACGGGCCGCUCCAGCUCACCCUCCCCGUCCAGCAAGCCCUCUCCGUCAGAGCAGCGCUCGCACCGCCCGUCGCUCCCUGACAUCUCCCGCCCCUCCAGCACCAGCAGCAGCUCGUCCACAGGUGGCGGGAUGAAACACAGCACCUCCGCCCCGCCUCCUCCUCCACCCUUCAACAGAGGUGGUCGUGGCAACGCUCCGCCUACCCCCAAUCAGAAAGCACCUUCCUCAUCCUCUCACAGCAGAGAGAAGCCCCUCCCACCGACACCCAACCGAGGCCAUACUCCUCCCAGCUCUGUGAAGCCUCCUCCAUCUUCUAGCAGACCGCCGACAGGUGGCUCUUCAGCUCCUCCACCUCCCCCGCCGUACAGACCGCACACAUCAGGCGGCGUCUCCAACGGGCCGUCCAACACCGACGGGGGCGGGGCUCCGGAGCUACCACAGAGGCACAACUCUCUGCACAAAAAACACUCAUCUGGAGGCGGCAGCCAAGGACGCAGCCACGCUCCUCCUCCACCUCCUUCAUCUUCUCCUUCCUCCCAGCAGGGCGGAAGACCACCACCACCAGCCAGAGAGCCACCAGGACGCAGAGCAGCUCCCCAGGUGCCCCCUCUCGGGUCUCGUAAUGGCGGUCGGGACGCCCCUCCUCCCCCGCCCCCAUACCGCGUUCACAGCUCCGGGACCUCAGAGACCCACAGCCGAGUGGGCAAACCACCUCCACCUCCCUCCUCUUCCUCCAUCUCAUCCUCCUCUUCCUCCUCCCGAACCCCAGCUGGACCCCCUCCGCCGCCCCCGCCCAUCCGGAACGGCCACUCCUCCAUCUCCUCCUCCAAGUCCAUCAUAGAUGAUUUUGAGUCCAAAUUCAACUUCCACCCGAUCGAGGACCUUCCACCUCCAGAGGAGUACCGGCAUUUCAACAAGGUCUACCCCAGCAAAAACAACAAGGCCAUGAUGAGAGGAGCUCCUCCAGCUCCGCCGGUGGGGAGGUGAGCAGACCUCAGCUCAGGACCUUGGACUCUCAGUCAGCCGACUUGAUGGGCGUUCAGUGGCGGCGGCGGUGGUGAAGAAGCACUCGAAUCACAAACACACUACAACACAUGCACGCCCACACACACACACACACACACACACACACACUAACACUAAACCACCAGCUGGAAUCACAGGGUGAAAGUAAACACUACUACACCACGCAGGUUUGACAUGACUCAGUGGUCACCUCCUCUCUUUGCACAAGACGACAGAAAACCACUCGGAGGCGAGCAGCUCGCUCGACCCUCCUGACUGCGACCACCUCCACUUCUCCUCCGCCGACUGUUUGACAUAUCAGGACCGAACUGGACUCUUCCAAAUCUAUGCAUUCCAUCUUUCUUUGCUAAAAAACAAAUGCAUAUUCACAAUGAUGAUGAUGAUGAUGAUGAUUUUCAUACUUCUGAAUAACAUCUUUGAUUUUGUUUGAGUUUAUUAUUUUGCUGUCAGCAUAAACUUGCGAGGGGACAUUGGGCACUUUGUGUUUCUCAGCAGAUGAUUUACACGCCUCCCACUGAACGGUUAAAGCCUCAGAUGUGGGGCUUCUAGAGUUUUAGUUUCUUUGUGCUUGACGGCCAUUCCAGCAGUGCCAGGUGAGGGUGUGUUUGAAUCAGAUCUUUGUCAGUGUGCCAAAAGCGGGCGGAGUCAGAUGACCUGCACACAGUGAGGACAGUUUCCAGACAUCAUGGUCUUCAUGUCACUGACGUGAUUUAAAUUCUAAUGCAUUACUGGAAAGCUUGCCAAUUCAUGACUCAAGUCUGGCCUGGUUGGGGUUUUGGACAUUUGAAUGGGGCUGUUUUCUCUCUCUUCUGUUCUGAAGCCCCUGCUCUCCUUUGUUCGGGGGGUGUUUGUAUUUCCAUCUUCGGGCGAUGUUGCACGGCAGCUUGGAUUCUGUGCAUGACUCUCCUUUAUGCACUUAACUGACAGAAAUGUCCCUUUGUUCCUUCCUGAUGUCUUCUGACGAGCUGCAGUUCACAUAGCCAGCAUCCUUCUCCAGACACUCGCUGGUUCCUGCCUGGUUCCACAGUGGAGGCCGAGUCUUUAUUAUUGUUGUUAUUAUUUGGACCAAGUACGUAUGUUUUAGCCACGGGUUUACAGUGCAGAGUUUUGGACGUGUUUAUAAGGGAUCAUUUAUCAACUUCCUGUCAAGGGAAGUCAGUCUUAAAGCUCAGCUCUGCUCUGAAUCCAUUUUACUUUGCUGCUGGUGGCCCUUUUUGUUUUGUUUUUUAUAGAAUGACUGUAUGGCCAGAGAAAGAUGACGUAUUGUUUGUUUGCUAUGCAAGGAGCAGUUUGUACAGAUUGUAGUUGGUAGCAGCUAACCAAAACAACAACAAAAGGAACACUUAAGUGCCAGAGAACUGUGUAAGCUGAUGGAGCUUCUUUACUUUUGACUUUUCUUUAAGCUUGACUUUAAAACACUAAGUACAUCGUAGUCAAACUAAGAUGCCAUGCGGGAGGAGUGAACAUCUUCCUCAGUGAUGCAGCGCCUCCUGCUGGUCUUUGCCUUACACAAACGUGUUGUCACUCUCAUCGGUACCAGCGCUUUUUACUUUUGUUUUUUUUUUGUUUGUUUUUGUAGAGAGGAGAGGAUGACAACAAAGUAAAUAAGAAACAAGUUUAUUUGAAAAUGCAAUAAAUAUUGUAUAUUUACAUUAAGGAAUAUGGUAAUCAUAGUUAAUGAUCUAUUUUUAUGUUGUAAAAAGCCUGUAAUAUAGGAAAGAGAAAUGAUUAUAACAAUGUUCCAGUCGCUGAGCCUCGGUCUGAUAGAGCGGACUGUGCAGCACUGCUCUCCAUGUUUGGCCACGAGGGCGGAUGAGCUGAACGGAUGUGCGUGAGGUUUCAGCAACGAGCCAACACUCUGGGGAUCCUGUUUCCAAAGCUCGGGGGCUGCAGUGAAGGCGGGUCCGGCUGGCGGACGACGACGGCGACACACAAAGCAAACAAAAGCAGCAAAGGAACAACACUUCCUGUCCUGGAUGUACGCUCACCUUGUCACACAGGUGACCCGACACCUUUGUCAACUCCUGUUCUCACCUUAUCCACUCCGAGGGCAAAGAAAAACCCUGUGGUCGUUUCAUGUUAAUCAGCCAUGUUUUUAUCAUUUGAAAUAAUUUCAAAUAAAAGUGGGGGAAAAGGGUA